GGUAUCUCGCGUUGCGUACCCGCAGCCCACGCCAUCCCCCCCUUCCCCAAGCGUAGACAUCUCGCACGCUCUUCUCCCCCACUGCAGCACGGCUCCGCUCGCGACGCGGCGGCGGCCGAGCCUCCUCCCGACCAGGAGACGAUAAAUCGGGGAGAAGAGAGGAGAAAUACCCCAAGCUAAAUCGCUCCGCGAAGCUCAGAUAUCAACUUGAAGUCACCUCCAGCCUCCUGCUUCGCCAUAAAUGCGGGAGAAGGAUGCCUGCUGGGAGUACGGCGACAAGCUAGACGGGAACAGGGUCCGGUGCAGAUUCUGCCAAAAGGUUAUCAAUGGUGGAAUAAGCAGGUUCAAGUUUCAUCUGUCUCAAAUUCCGAGCAAAGGCGUCAACCCUUGCGUCAGGGUGACUGAUGAUGUCAGGGAAAAGGUGAUCGCUCUCAUAGAAGCCAAGGAAUCACACAGGGAGCUUGAGCUUCUCAAGAGGAAACGUGUUGCUGAAUUGUCAGUGCUUCCGAAAAGAACACGGGAACUUCCAUCUCAGCCUUCCUCCCCAGGGCUGCCUACUUCGCCGCCUAUUAUUCCUGCAUUCGAGCCGAGUCAGCUCCUUGGCCUGGAAGUGCCUGCUCCGGUACUUAGACUGUCUAGUGCUGCCACCAAGCCCCGUCCGGCUUCGGGAUUGGAAGUGGAACGGUGCAUUGCUGAAUUCUUUUUUGAGAAUAAGUUGGACUAUAGUAUUGCAGACUCCAUUUCAUACAAGCAUAUGAUGGACACACUUGUUGGGCAGGAAUUCCAAGGGCCAUCAGCCGAUGUUUUGAGAACAAAAUGGCUCCAAAAGCUCAAGUCAGAGGUUUUGCAGAGAACACAAGAGAUCAAAAAGGAUUGGGUGACUACAGGCUGUACCAUAUUAGCCGAUUCGUGGACUGACAACAAAUUGAAAGCCCUAAUCAACUUCUCUGUCUCUUCUCCACUAGGGACAUUCUUCCUCAAAACAGUAGAUGCUUCUCCACACAUAAAAAAUCACAGAGGGAUGUAUGAGCUCUUUGAUGAAGUGAUUCAGGAAGUUGGUCCAGAUAAUGUUGUUCAGAUUAUUAGUGAUAGGAACAUAAACUACGGUAAUAUUGAUAAACUCAUAAUGCAGAACUACAACACCAUUUUCUGGUCUCCCUGCACUUCGUUUUGUGUAAACUCAAUGUUGGAUGACUUUUCCAAGAUUGAUUGGGUUAACCAAUGCAUAUGUCAAGCACAAACAAUUACACGAUUUGUCUACAACAACAACUGGGUUCUUGAUCUUAUGAGGAGGUGUAUGGCAGGGCAGGAGCUUGUUUGCUCAGGGAUUACAAAAUCUGUUUCAGAUUUCCUCACUCUGCAGUCACUGUUGAAGCACAGAUCAAAGCUGAAGCAAAUGUUUCACAGCUCUGAGUAUGUAUCUUCUCCAUAUGCAAAUAGAUCUCUAAGUAUUUCCUGCGUUGAGAUCCUCAGUGACGAUGAGUUUUGGCGAGCAGUCGAAGAGAUAGCGGCUGUUUCAGAACCUCUACUGAGGGUCAUGAGGGAUGUCUCAGGAGGCAAGGCUGCCAUUGGUUAUAUAUACGAGUCUAUGACAAAGGUGAUGGAUUCUAUUAGAACAUACUACAUAAUGGAUGAAGGCAAAUGCAAGUCAUUUCUGGAUAUUGUGGAGCAGAAAUGGCUGGUGGAGCUGCAUUCGCCUCUUCAUUCAGCAGCUGCUUUUCUGAACCCAAGCAUCCAGUAUAAUCCAGAAGUCAAAUUUUUCACUACUAUCAAGGAGGAGUUCUACCAUGUCCUGGAUAAAGUGCUUACAGUCCCAGAUCAAAGGCAGGGUAUCACUUCGGAACUGCAUGCUUUUCGCAAGGCACAAGGAAUGUUCGCCUCUAACAUUGCUAAAGAGGCCCGCAACAACACCUCCCCAGGGAUGUGGUGGGAACAAUAUGGUGAUUCAGCGCCAGCAUUACAACACUGUGCCGUAAGAAUAGUGAGUCAGGUCUGCAGCACCCUGACCUUCCAAAGGGACUGGACCAUCAUCCUCCAUAGCCACUCCGAGAAGCGCAACAAGCUGAACAAGGAGGCACUGGCCGACCAAGCCUAUGUGCACUACAAUCUCACGCUCCACUCCGACUCCAAAACGACGGCGAAGAAGAAAGCAGAGGGCGAUCCGAUCGCGUUGGACGACAUCGACAUGACCUCGCCGUGGGUGGAGGAUUCGGACGGUCCGAGCCUGACCCAGUGGCUCGACAGGUUCCCGUCGGCCUUGGAUGGUGGAGACUUGAACACCAGGCAGUUUGGUGGAUCCAUCUUUGGCACCAACGAUCUUUUCGGCUUAUGACAGACAGUAUGCGGAUUCUGUUGUGCUCACUGUAUUUUUUGGAUAGUUGAAGGGGCAGUGUUCGCUGCAUCUGCAUGUGUUCUGAUCUUUAUUUGGUUGGUCUUUAGUGGACUACAUAGACUGUAGAUUCAUGUCAAGGUGAAUCGUACCAGAAACUGGAGUAGAGUAGGGGCCAUGAUAAUGAAAAUUUUGGUGGCCAUUUCAUUUUCCCGUGACUA